AAACAUGUCACAGUUAAAAGGAUGCAAGUUAGCAUUUUUUUUUUUAAAAAUCCCCAGAUAUUUGCAAUGUUUAGCAGAGUUUGGAAACUACUUCCAUACUCUUUAGAAGCCUAGAACUUUAUCAAGGCUAGUGUUAAGUCCAGAGAAUGUUUUUACCCCCUCCUAGACAGCACGUGGAAAUGACACUCACUGAAAUUAGAAUUCAAGUGUUGUAAGUAUUGUGAGAGUGAGACCUGUGUAAUUUGCCAUAGUCAUUUCAACUUUUCUGCAACUCAUUUCUUUAUCAGUGAAAUUAAAGGAAUAGCUUCUCCACAGGUUUAUAGAAAAGACUGAUUGAAAAUUUAGGAAAGGGGCAAUAGUGUGGCUGGCACAUAUGAGGACUUUUUACUUGUUUAAUAGGGAACUAUUCAAGAUCUGCUUCACUCUCCUCACCCUCUGAAGGUAACUCCUCUUCCUUCUCCGUGCACCCAAGACAAUACUCCACAGGUCCCUCCCUUUCUGUUCUUUCCUUUCUUGUUCCCUGCACACCCAGUUGCUUCUUUGCAGGACUGGGAACACUGACAAAAGAGAUUUUCCUCAGGACGAAAGGAUAUGCUACCUGUGAAAGCAGCAGCAAAAAUAACAGGAGCUAAUGCCAUACGUGUGAAGGGAAUCUUAACUCUGAUGACACUAAUGGUGCUCAUUUUCUUGCUGCUUCUCUUCUGGGAAAGGGAGCCAGCUGAGGAAAUAGUGGUGACAUCCAUAGAGCACUUGCAUGUGGAUUACCCAAAGAGUAAUCCUAUAAGGUACUGCAACUCCAUGGUCCUACAGAGAGUCAUCAGGGAACCCAACGACACAUGCAAAAAGAAGCAUGUCUUCAUCCAUGAGAGGCCCCAAAAACUCAAUAGUGUCUGCAUUUCUCACAGGAAGAUGGUUUGCCCAAGCCAGUCUACCAUUUUCUGCUUCCAGAGUGAGACAAAGUUUAAAAUGACACUCUGCCAACUCAUUGGUGGCAUAACAUAUCCUGCCUGCAGGUACCAGGUUUCUGCCUUGGAGGGGUAUGUUCUUGUCACUUGUGAUAACUUGGGGCCAGUUCAUUUCCACGGAUACAUUGAGUAACUUAAGAUUGGCCCUAUGUUUGUGACUCCUUGUCAUCUACAAGCUGCUCUAAGGCCAGUCAUUCCUGCAGAAGACCUGGCCUGGGAACACAGGGACAAGGCCUUAAACAAAAUGGGUAGUCGCUUCUUAAUUUGUCUUUCCAGUACCGCUGAGUUGAAUCGUUUUAUUCUGCUCCAAUAAAAAAAAUCUGUACCGAAUCAAACCAUAAA